AUGGACCCGAAGUGGUUCGAGAUGGUCAACAACAACGCCGAUAUCUCUAUCAGGCGCGAGGCCGAGAGGGUUUUGCCCGAAAUCAAUCGCUUCCUUCACAUGAUUAACAACCCCGACUUCCAAAAAGAGCUCGCCACCAUCGACGAUUGCGACCUACUGUUGCAGCACUGUCGGUGGGCCGACCACAAUGUAUGGUGGAUGCAAGGGUUCAUCGACAAACUUGUUGCGGGCUCCAAGGCGACCAACGUGCCCCUGGACCACGGACAGUUGAACGUUAUCGGCCACUUCACGGCUGCGAUCCGGGUUAAUGCUUUGUUGGCCAACAAGUUUCGGCUCCGCUUGAACAUUCCAUACUUUUGCCAAGUGACAGACCCGGCAUCCGACGAAUCCAAGCGCUUGCUACAGUACUCGCUGUUACAGUUCAGAGUCCGCCUGUUUUCUGCUGAUGCCUCCCACCGCCGGAUCCAAUCGAGGCCGUGGUAG